AGUUAGAUCUGUGUCAACUUGGCGGCUUGCGUAGGACUCCUCUGCCUCCCCCCGCCUUCCCCCAGCGGUGCAUUUGUUCGAAGGGAGUUAUUUUUAUAUCAAAAAUCUGGGUUCAAUCCUCAUGUAUUUCACCCUGGCUCCCAGUGAUGAGGUGGCUUUUGGCCUGGAUUCUAGCAACCAACAGCAUUUUGCAGGCCUUCUCCCAGAAUUCCACCACGAUGCCACCUGCCACCUCUGCCGUGACCGAGGCUUACACCCGGACUCAGUACUGUAAGUGGCCCUGUGAAUGCCCCAAAACACCACCUGUGUGCCCGGCGGGCGUCAGCUUGCUCACGGACGGCUGUGAAUGUUGCAAAAUGUGUGCCAAGCAGUUUGGGGAGAAGUGCACCGAAGCCGACACCUGUGAUUUUCACAGGGGCCUGUACUGUGACUACAGCAGAGACAGACCUAGGUACGAAAUAGGAGUGUGUGCACAAGUUGUCGGGGUGGGCUGCCUCCUCAAUGGCAUCAGGUACAAAAACGGCGAGAUCUUCCAGCCCAACUGCAAAUACAACUGCAGCUGCAUCAACGGGGCCGUCGGCUGCAUCCCCAUGUGCCAAGACUCCAAACCACCCCUGAUGUGGUGCCCGAACCCCAAACUGAUUAAGAUGACCGGUCAGUGCUGUGAGCAGUGGGUCUGUGACUAUUCCAAGAAGAUCAGGAAGACUUCCCCGCGACACGUCGCCUCGCCAGUUUAUGAAGGAGAGAUUGAAUCUUGGCAUAAGAACUGUAUCCCCCACACGUCCUCCUGGAGCCUCUGCUCGAAGACUUGUGGGAUGGGCAUCUCCACACGGAUCUCCAACGAGAAUGACCAGUGUCGCCUAGUGAAGGAGAGCCGGCUCUGUAACAUGCGCCCCUGCGAGGAGGAUAUUGCCAAACACAUUAAGGCGGGAGAGAUCAAAGACUUGCACCCCGCAGGGAAGCCGAGCGGGGACCCGCACCUGCGGUUCCGCGCUGCCAAACGCUAUUACCCCAAAGUGGUAUCAUUAUGCCAGCUACGCUACCUCCGACAAGCCCCUUGA